AUGAGUCUGGUGUGGGCUCUAAAAAAAGUUUUCCUCAGAAUCGUGCCUCGUUGCAAUCCUAAGGUUCUUAAACAUAUGAACAGCGAAUUUUUGAAUGAAUACGGGCAAUCGAUUCGACGCCGCUUAGUAGAAAUACAACGUAGGGUCGAUUUCAAGCCUCGAACCAAUAAAACGGGCCCAGGAAAUUUAAGAUCGAAAAUUCAAAGUUUAUGCACUUGCAAGGCGUGUUCAACGAGGAGCAUUAAAAUGACCCCAAGACUAGCUUAUUACAAAGGAUUUGUGAUAGUGAAAUACGAUGGCGUUUCAGACAAACAUCUCGCAGCCAAUGAUAUAAAUUGGUUUAACGAUCUAAAUGGGAGGAGUGCUGUUGACGAUAUAUUAAAAGAAAAGAACGAGAAAGAAUAA